GGUAACGCGGGGCUGCUGCGGCGGCUGCCUGCUCUGCGUGUGGCGGCGCGGGGCUCGCCCGCCCGGCCGGCCCGGGACAGGGCAGGGCGGAGUGGGGUGGGGCGGGCCGGGGGCAGCGAGGCGCCGACCAUGCCCGCGGCCGGGGCGCGGCGCGGCGCGGGGGCUCCCCAGCUGCUCGUGGCGCUGCUGCUGGUGCAUCUCCCGCAGGUCCGUCCCCACCGAGCCACGGGGCCCCGGUUUUUAAUAAGCGACCGUGACAGAGAUCCUCAAUGUAACCUCCACUGCUCCAGGUCCCAGGCUAAACCCCUCUGCGCCUCGGAUGGCAGAACUUAUGAGUCAAUGUGCGACUACCAGCGAGCCAAAUGCAGGGAAUCAAGCCUGAGUGUAGCACAUAGAGGUAGAUGCAAAGAUGCUGGUCAAAGCAAGUGUCGUUUGGAGAGAGCUCAGGCGCUGGAACAGGCAAAGAAGCCCCAGGAAGCAGUCUUUAUUCCAGAAUGCAACGAGGAUGGAUCAUUCACUCAAGUGCAGUGCCAUACCUAUACUGGAUACUGCUGGUGUGUCACACCCGAUGGUAAACCCAUCAGUGGCUCUUCUGUACAGAACAAAACUCCUGUAUGUUCAGGUUCAGUAACUGAUAAGCCUUCAGGCCAGGGUAAUUCAGGAAGGAAAGUUUCUUUUCGGUUCUUUUUAACUCUCAAUUCAGAUGAUGGUUCGAAGCCAACACCCACCAUGGAGACCCAGCCUGUUUUUGAUGGGGAAGAAAUCACAGCUCCCACACUUUGGAUUAAGCACUUGGUCAUUAAAGAUUCCAAACUGAAUAGCUCCAGCAUGAGAAACUCAGAGAAAGUUCACUCAUGUGACCAGGAGAGACAGAGUGCCCUGGAGGAGGCCAGGCAAAACCCCCGUGAAGGCAUCGUCAUCCCAGAGUGUGCUCCUGGAGGGCUGUACAAACCAGUGCAGUGUCACCAAUCCACUGGGUAUUGUUGGUGUGUUCUGGUGGAUACAGGGCGCCCCCUGCCUGGCACAUCUACCCGCUAUGAAACCCCAGUGUGUGAAAGUGAUGCCAGAUCAAAGAGCACAGAGGCUGAUGACCCAUUUAAGGACAGAGAGCUUCCAGGCUGUCCAGAAGGAAAGAAAGUAGAAUUUAUUACCAGCUUACUGGAUGCGCUCACUACAGACAUGGUACAGGCCAUUAACUCAGCAGCACCUGCUGGGGGUGGAAGGUUCUCUGAGCCAGACCCCAGCCACACACUAGAGGAGCGAGUGGUGCAUUGGUACUUCAGCCAGCUGGACAACAACAGCAGCAAUGACAUCAACAAGCGGGAGUUGAAGCCUUUCAAGCGUUACGUGAAAAAGAAAGCCAAGCCCAAGAAAUGUGCUCGACGCUUCACUGACUACUGCGACCUCAACAAGGACAAAUCUAUUUCACUGCAAGAGCUGAAGGGGUGUUUGGGAGUCAGCAAGGAAGGAGGCAGCAAUAGCAAUUUCCCCCAGGGAAAAAGACAAGGUCUUAAUCCUUUCAUAGGACGCCUGGUCUAGGAGGAGAUCUGAAUGCAGGGUCCAACCCAAAGGAAGGACAGCUGGACGGAGAGACACCCUGCUGCUUGUGAGCACAUGGGCAGCAAUAUCCACCGUAGCAGAAGUGGCACCCAGAACGUUUGCACUUUUUUUUUUUAAUACUCGGUUUGGUUUUUGAUUUAUUGUUAAUGCCAUUAUCUAAUACUCUGCAGGGGAGGGGGGAGGGGGCAGGAAGAGCAUGACUUUUUUUUCCUUUUUUUAAAUUGGAAUAGCUACUGACGACUUAAAUUUUGAAGUUUGAUGGGACUUGAGAAAGAGAUUUUUAUAUACUGUAUAUAAAUAUAUGUGUAAAUUGUACAGUUGUCUUGUACAGGGGUUGGAGUCACUGUUCUGUUCCUUCCUUUGAUUUCUAAGGCUAUUCAGGUUAGCUUAAAGGAACACAUUGUAUUACUGGAUUCCAACAGGGCAUUGAUUUCAGCAACUGAUCCAUCUGCCAGCUGCACAUCAAUCUCUCAAGUAUCCCACUGCAUGUAGAAGUGAAUAUAUUGGCCCAGCUAGUGCUCCCAAGUUGUUCCUACAGAGUACCGAGUGCUUCCUGGGAGUUACUGAAUAGCCCCAGUUCCGAUGGUUGGUGAGAGCCCUCUGUAGCUUGCAGGCAUGGACUGUUGAGAGAGUACGGCUACAGCUUAACUGUCAGUGCAUCACAGAAGAGUUUGUAUGUGAGCAUAUGUGGGGGAGGGUUUGAAACAUGAACACCCUUAAGUGUGGAAGGGGCAGGGGAACUGUGGGGGGGAAGCCCAACUGUGCCAUAAGGAAGAUAUGCCGCACCAAUACCAUGUCUAGGGUCACUAGGAGAGCCAGCAGGCUGCCAAUGCCAGGAAAACAUACUACAGGUCCCAGUAGUGUCAGGAGAGUGGGUGAGGAGAGACACUGUUUAUCUUAAUGUGUGCCAAAGUGACCACGAAUGUCCCCUAUAACCAUAUGAAGGACAAGAAAUCAAGUAGCUCUGCCCUGCACAUCAGGAGCAUCUGCCAGCCUAGUGACGGGCACUGGAGAGAUGAGAAUGCAUUUGUCAGAACAGAAAGAUACAGGAAAAGACCAAUCCCUGGGUGCCUUGUUAAUAUAAAUGGCAUCUCUGCCAUUUGGCUUAUUCUCAUUCUGAAGGCUUUGGUCAUUCCUGUGCAGAACCAUGGGUCCCUGUGUUUCUAGGAUGUGAAUCCAUAGCUCUCUGCCUGUUCAGUAGGGUGAUGCAUUGGCUCACAAUAACCUUAUCCCAUUCUCUGUGCCCUGCUAAUAUCGGUGUUUUAAGCGCUAAUAGUGCACUCUAAAGCAGUGGCAGUGGCUCAGAUUGGCUAAGCUACUACUUUCAGAGGUUUCAAAUGGACUGCUUCUACUAGUUAUGUUUUGGCCAAGAUCUUUGUCUGCUAUUCACAGUCAGAUACAACAGUAAAUUCUGCAGAGGGACAGGGACACCUAGACCCUCUACUGUGCGUAAAAGCCAGUGGGAGCAUAGAGCUUACUGCGAAACAGUGUAUUCCUGCUUUGAGCAUCUCUGGUUUGCUUGACCCUUAGUGGGGCACAGCAGUCUCCCAGCUAUCAGACACCUAAACCUUUUUUUCACUUACUUGUAUGCACACCCUAAUCCUCAUGCUGUUCUGGUGCACUUCCCUUAGGUACCUGUUGUUUGCAUUCAGUAUUAUGGGGGACAGCUCUCUGAUGAUAGUUACCUAAGUACUUUGGCCAUUUUACCCAUAAUGAGGCUUCUGAGGUGUUGCAUUUAACUUAGUGAAUGGUGAUCCUGUCUUCUACCUACUUAUACAUGAAGGGAAUCUGUAACCAACUCUCAAGCGAUUAGGAAAUGGUGAGUGGCCAUCAAUAUUGUUAAUAGGAUCUGGGUUUGAAGCCUGCCCUGGUUUAAAUCCUGUUAAAGCUAUAAUAGUAGUACCAUUUCGGUGUCCCAAAAUGGGUAUUGAUGGCAAUGCCAGGCAUUGUACCAUAGCCUUGUGCAUUACAUGUGGAACAUUGCAACACAAUACUGUUGUGAAACAGUGUGACAGAGGGGCCUUGUAACAAACUGUGGCCAUGUUGCUUAGUUAUAUGAUUGUGUGACAUGGCAAUUCCACCUUUUCCUGAGAUGACAGCACUUUGUGACAAUAGUGUCACAGCCUAAACAUCCCAAUGCCCCAGCACAGCAAACUUGCACCACAUUUAAACGCCCAGAUGGAGCCUUCCUCAAUCACAAAUAUCACUCAUUGGAUUCCAGGACUUGGGAUCUCACUGCUUGGGAGUAGGUUUGAAGCUGGUUGAAGCAUUUGGUCUAGAUUAAAAAAACAAACCAAUGGACCCUUAACAAGUACCUUUGUGAAGUGCAAGUCUCACAGGUGUGUUGUAAGGAAAAGCUUUUGCUUUAUAAACAGUCCUACCCGUUGCUGGCUGCUUUGUUGUAAGCAACCUGCAACGUAUGUCCGCUUUGUGCCUGCAAGUCUGCAUUCUGCUCAUUGCUUUUCCUUUUUAUACACAGGCAUUUUGUGUAUGAGUGUGUUAAGUGGAAUUGGUUCAGUGUAUAAUCACAGAUGUCAAUAUCCCCCCCGCUAAUCUUGCAGUAGGAAUGAAGAACAAGCCCAGCCUUGUAAAAAUGUUGUGCUGUAUCUUGAGGAAUGAUAGACUGGCUGGUGUUGUCAUUUAGUACUAUAUCCAGCAAGGGCCAAAGAUUGAUGCUAGGGCUAUAGGAUACUCUCAUGCAAUUGCAGGGAGCAGGAUGUGCUCAGCAAAAAGGGUGAGGUGCUCAGUGUAGCCAUUGCCUGCUUGCCCAGGGCAGAAAAAAAUGGUUAAAUUGAGCCUUAGUAACUGGGACUUCUUUGCUAAAACUCAUUUGCUGUUGGGGAAUUUAAAUCAGCCAGAUUUACUGCUAUAUCACCCAUUCUGCAGCCCUAAUACUGCAGUUGUCAGUCCUGCUUCCCUUCCUUCCAAGAGAUGCUUAAGCAAUGUGUGUGCACGUGCCCUCCACAAGCUGACAGCUUUGGGCAGCUCUUCAAAAAAGCCAAGUGGUUGAGGCUGAUCCAUUUAGCCAACAGUCUCAGUUAGACCCUACAUGUAGCCUUCUGCCAGGAUUGCCCCAUAGAAAGGGUACUGAGAAGUAAAUAGUCUCCCCUUCCAUAGUUGGAGAAUAGGGCCUAGUACCCUAAGUUACUGUCUUCGGGGAAGGUCCCAAAAUAGUCUCUUGUAUUGCCUCUGUGUUGGAUGGUUAUGUGGACUUGAGGCUCCUAAGUGAUUCAGGAGUUCUGGUGACUGCAUAUGUUAGAAGGUCAUACAGAAUAUUUUGGUUUUGUAGCAUAAACCAUGGUCAUAGAGUUGUCCAACUCAAAGGUACACAGUGGCUGAAACUCCCUGUGGAAUUAUGAUGCUAGUGACAGCAGGUUCUCCCAAGACUGAAACUAGAGGCUGUUAAUGAAGUUAGGUAGUCAUGGGAUUACAGGGAAGGCCCACUCAUGGACUAGAAAUUGGCUUGAGGAUGAGAGAAAAAAAAAGAGUGAGUAUAACUGGACAGUUUUGGGGAUGGAAAGAAGUGAACAGUAGGGUCCCCUAGGGAUCUGUGUUGGUACCAGUACUAUUUUAACACAUUCAUAAAUGAUCUGGAAAAGGGGGCGAGUAGUGAGAUGGCCAAAUUCAUGGAUGACACAAAAUUAUUCAAAGUAGUAAAGACCAAGGUGGGCUGUGAGAAACUACAAAAGGAUUUUAUACUUAUGAGUGACUGGGCAAUUAAAUGGUAGAUGAAAUUCAAUGUAGGUUAAGUAUAGAGUGAUGCACACUGGGAAAUUGAUGCACACUGGGAAAUAACCUGAAUUAUACAUACAUUAUGAUGGGUUGUGCUGUAGCUGUUACCAUAGGAUCUGGGAGUCAUUGUGGACAGCUUGCUGAAAACAUGAGCUCAGUGCUCAGCAGAUGUCAAAAGCCAAACAGUUAGGGAUCAUUAAGAAGGGAAUUGUAAACAAUACAAAGUAUCAUUAUGCCCAUUUAUAAAUUCAUGGGGCAUGCACUCCUGAAUACUAGGUCCAGUUUUGGUUCCCACACCUCAAAAAGGAUAUAGAAGAACUAGAGAAGGUUCAGAGAAGAGCAACAAGGAUGAUUAAUGGUAUGAAGGGGAGACUAAAGAUGCUGGGCAUAUUUGUUUUAGAAAAGAGGCACUUGAAAGAGGAUGUGAUAAGGGUUUACAAAAUGCUAAGUGAUGAAGAGAAAGUAAACAGGAUUUAUUAUUUACUUUCUCUCAUAAUACAGGAACUAGGGGUCAUAAAAUAAAACUAGUAGGUCGUAGGUUUAAAACUAACAAAAGAGGUUUUUUUCACACCCAGUGUAAUUAAAGCGUGGAAUUCAUUUGCUACCAGAUGUUGUAGAAGCUGACAAUGUAGCCAGAUUCAAAAAGAGACUGGAAAAAUUCUUGGAGGAAAGGUGCAUCAGUAGCUAUUGUGCUUGGGAGUUAGGGGGGAUAUAGCCUCUGAAUUGGAGCUUCCUGGACCUUAAAGGCUGGAAGCUGCAAGUGGGAGAGGAACAGGGGAAAAACCCUGGUUCACUUUCUCCCUUUCAGCACCGAACCUCUGCCACUGUGUGACAGGAUACCAAGCAAGAUGGAACUAUGGACCUUAUGAAACACCUCGCGUCACUACCACCACCACUCUUCCCACCAGAAAACCUUCUGGCAUCCAGGGCUAUAGGGCAGGUGUCAUCAAACACAUCCUUAUCUAGAAGUGUCAGGGCAAGUCCUGCUCUUGCGUGUACCAGUAGGAGUCAACAGAGAUCAAUAAGGUCAUGUAAUUAUCUGGAGAAACAGAAUUCAUACAUGUUGCUUCCACCCUUGUGAAUCGUCCUGAUUCUGUUCAUUACCAUGAAUAAGUGGUGGAAGCAGCUGGGACAAAGGUGAAGAAACCAGGGGUCACACACAAUGUCAUCUGUAGGCAGCACUGUUCCUGUUGGAGGGAGAAAUCCUUCCUUGUUUGCUGGUCCUGACUAACACAAUGGAGAAGACAAACUGUCUUUGAUUUAGGGUAGGAAUCCCCUCACAUGGAGGAUAUUUGGUUUCAACACUCCUGAAGGUAAGGGGGCAGGGAGGUAAUAUUCUAAGCCUAGGAGAAAUGUGGUAUAGAACAUCUCCCAGUGGUCUUGUCUACAGCAUUGUUUGUUAGGCUGAAAGGCAUCUGGUUAUUGUUGGUUUUCUAAUAAAAUAGAUAAAUCUUG